CCGCCCCGCGCGGGGGGCCGGCCCUGAGUGCAUGCGGGGCGCCCCGCCGGGCCGCCGCCCGGCCGCCGCCCGCCGCCCCUGAGACACCGGCGGCGAGAAAGUUGCGGCGGUCGCCCACAUGCGCGGCCGCGGCUGGCGGCUUGGGGAACGGCGCCGAGCGGAGGUGGGCGAAGAGAGUUUGAAGCGCUCGCCGGCGGGAAGAUGGCGGAGCGGAGCUGAGAGCGGCGCCCGGCGAGCUCGGGCCGCCCCCGCCUUCCUCCGCAGCCCCCCGGACCCCCGCCGGACACAUGCAGGCCAAAAAACGCUACCUGACGCUGCUCUCCGCCGGCACCUGUCUCGCCCUGCUGCUCUACCUGGGAGGCGUGCGGCUGCGGGCGGCCCGGCACCCGCCGCCCGGUAGCCGGCAUGGCCCCCGUCCCGGCGGCGCCGAGCGGCCCUGGCCCCGCUUCCCCGAUGCCCUGCGGCCCUUCGCGCCCGCCGAGCGCCCGGGCCCCGAGGGCGGCGGGCGCGUCUCCCCCCGGCAGCGGCGGGACGCCAGCGCCGGCCUCUACCGCGGGCGCCGCUGCCGCAUGGAGUCCUGCUUCGACUUCGCCCAGUGCCGGAAAAACGGCUUCAAGGUCUACGUGUACCCGCAGCAGAAAGGAGAGAAGAUCGCCGAGAGCUACCAGAACGUCCUGGCCGCUAUCGAGGGCUCCCGCUUCUACACCUCGGACCCCGGGCAGGCCUGCCUCUUCGUCCUCAGCCUGGACACGCUGGACCGGGACCAGCUCUCCCCCCAGUACGUGCACAACCUCCGCUCCAAGGUACAGAGCCUCCACCUGUGGAACAACGGCAGAAACCACCUGAUUUUUAAUUUAUACUCCGGCACCUGGCCCGACUACACCGAGGAUGUGGGGUUCGACAUUGGCCAGGCCAUGCUGGCCAAAGCCAGCAUCAGUACUGAAAACUUCAGACCCAACUUUGACGUUUCUAUCCCACUCUUUUCUAAGGAUCAUCCUAGGACAGGAGGGGAGAAGGGAUUUUUAAGGUUUAACACCAUCCCUCCUCUCAGGAAGUACAUGUUGGUAUUCAAGGGGAAAAGGUACCUGACGGGGAUAGGGUCAGACACCAGGAAUGCCUUAUAUCACGUCCAUAACGGAGAGGAUGUUGUCCUCCUGACCACCUGCAAGCAUGGCAAAGACUGGCAAAAGCACAAGGAUUCGCGCUGCGAUCGAGACAACGCCGAAUACGAAAAGUAUGAUUACCGUGAAAUGCUGCACAAUGCCACUUUCUGUCUGGUUCCCCGUGGCCGCAGGCUUGGCUCUUUCAGGUUUCUGGAAGCCUUGCAGGCCGCCUGUGUGCCAGUCAUGCUCAGCAAUGGAUGGGAGUUGCCGUUCUCAGAAGUGAUUGAUUGGAACCAAGCUGCCAUCAUAGGCGAUGAGAGAUUGUUAUUACAGAUUCCUUCUACAAUCAGGUCUAUCCAUCAGGAUAAAAUCCUAGCACUUAGACAGCAGACACAGUUCUUGUGGGAGGCUUAUUUUUCUUCAGUUGAGAAGAUUGUAUUGACUACACUAGAGAUUAUUCAGGACAGAAUAUUUAAGCACAUAUCACGUAACAGCUUAAUAUGGAACAAACAUCCUGGAGGGUUAUUUGUACUGCCACAGUAUUCCUCAUAUCUGGGAGACUUUCCUUACUACUAUGCUAAUCUUGGUCUGAAGCCUCUUUCCACAUUCACUGCCGUUAUCCACGCAGUAACUCCCCUGGUUUCCCAAUCUCAGCCUGUGCUGAAACUCCUGGUUGCUGUAGCCAAGUCCCAGUACUGUGCACAGAUUAUUGUUUUAUGGAAUUGUGAUAAACCUCUCCCAGCCAAACACCGCUGGCCUGCCACUUCUGUGCCUGUCAUAGUUAUCGAAGGAGAGAGCAAGGUUAUGAGCAGUCGCUUCCUGCCCUACGACAACAUAGUGACAGAUGCAGUGCUAAGCCUGGAUGAGGACACCGUGCUUUCAACCACUGAGGUGGAUUUUGCCUUUACAGUUUGGCAGAGCUUUCCAGAGAGGAUUGUAGGGUACCCUGCGCGCAGUCACUUCUGGGACAACACUAAGGAGAGGUGGGGGUAUACCUCCAAAUGGACUAAUGACUAUUCCAUGGUAUUGACAGGAGCUGCUAUUUACCACAAAUAUUAUCACUACCUGUACACUCAUUACCUGCCUGCCAGCCUAAAGAAUAUGGUGGACCAACUGGCCAAUUGUGAGGACAUUCUAAUGAAUUUUUUGGUGUCAGCUGUGACAAAAUUGCCUCCAAUCAAAGUAACACAGAAAAAACAAUAUAAGGAAACCAUGAUGGGACAGGCAUCCCGGGCCUCGCGCUGGGCCGACCCCGACCACUUCGCCCAGCGGCAGAGCUGCAUGAACACUUUCGCCAGCUGGUUUGGCUAUAUGCCGCUGAUCCACUCGCAGAUGAGGCUCGACCCUGUCCUCUUUAAAGACCAGGUCUCCAUCCUGAGGAAGAAGUACCGAGACAUUGAACGACUCUGAGGAGCGCUGCUGAGGGGGCCGAGCCGCCCCCUGCCAGACUGUGCCACCGACAGCAAGCGCCCGACCCCGCACGCGGCGUCCUGGCUCCGGGGCGCGCUGCUCCGGACUGCGCCGAACCGCCCGGCAGGCUGCUGUCGCUGAGACUAGGUCGUGUACAGUUUCAUUAUGGAACAUUAAAUAAUUAUUUUUGAAAUGAUUGCUAUGCAGGUUUAAACUUUUUUAAUGAUCAAAAAAAAACCCUAUUAAAAACAGAGUUCUUUCUUUAAUCAAAAUUGUGUUGGUUGUGAAUAUUUCAGAGCUGCCAUUUCUUUCUUUCGUGCAUUUGAUUGUCAAUGCAAUUUUCAUUCCUUUUCCCCUGCACAGUUAAACGCUGGAAUCUCACGGAGACAAAAUGCAUCAGGUUCAGAAACAAACUGAGCACAAGCAGGACAUAACCGAAGUAUUAACAUUUCUCAUUUACUGCUGACUUUUUAGUUUUUUGCCUGUUUUCCCCAAGCCAGUAGCAGCCACUGCAGCUAAACUCCUUUGGACACAUGGAAAACUGGAGAACCCCCAAGGAACCAGACAAGAGGGUAGAUCCUUCUGGUUGAGGACCUCAUUUUUAAAGGCCAUCAGCCUUGCAUUGAAGGGAGAGAGGAGUGUUAUUAUGGAGGAGCAAAUCAGUUGCAUGGAACAAAGGGACACGUGUGCACAGCAGGGCUGUAGUGCUGGGUGUGUGUAUUGUGGUCGGAGAGGUGGAUCCGGAGUGUCCUUGUCCGUGGGUGGCUGAGCACCCCAGGGGCAGUCAGCACAGCUGGCUGUUGUCAUGGUCAUGUGGGACACCCAGAGCUUGUGCAAGUCCCUGCUGCUGGGGGCAGUGGUGCCACUUGGCCGUGGCAGCUAAGCUUCUAGAAGUAGCUUUUUUCUGAGGGCAAAAGGGGUUUUGACAGAAAACAAGAAGGCAUGUUAGUGCUUGCAGUGCAGGAAUUUGGCCUGUAACAAACUGGUUUAUUUGAAGUCAAAGCAUGGGCUUCUCCUUCUCUUUUUUUGUUUUCUUUUUUUUUUUUUUUUGGAAGUGCAAAUAUGUGGAGAAAUUCCCUCUGGUAGGUCUGACACCUGAAGUAAAGCGUAUGGUCAGACACUGGUUACUGGCAGCAGUGGGUACUCCCAGGUAUACUUGGGGCAAGGUAACUCACACAAAAAACCUGUCCCUGAAAUACCAGUGCUGCUCCCACUCCAAAAUGGUUUUAGCAUUUCAAAUAUAAGUAUUUUUAAAUUGAAAUAUUCCAAUUGUUUAUUUCUCUGUAGUUCUUUGCUUAUUUAUUUGUUUCUUUACAUUGAAGUAUGAAAACAGAAGCAGUCAUUUGGGUCAGGAAGAUGCCAUUCCAAUUUGAUUAGAAAAUAAGCACUUUAAAAAUGUUUUGAACUUAACAUUUUGAUGGGGUGCAUUUGGGGUGCUCUGUAACUAUUACUACCCCCAAGAACUCUGUUAAAGUCACAGCAAGAGGUUUUAGUGCCGAUGCUCAGAAGACCAGCAAGCCUUUCUAUACCUCAUUCCUUUGUAAACAGGCAAUCUGGUAGCAGGGAUGAAGAGUAGUUGGACCCGAAUUUUCACCAAUUUCAUUCAGGCUCAGGCACCAAUUUAAUAUGCAGCUUUAAGCAUCUCCCAUAACCAGGGCAUGCCUCAGUUUCCACCUUUGUAAAAGUAAUAGCUGCUGGUUGUAGAGAGAAUGCUGUGAAGCUUAAAUGCUUUCUGUUGCUGUUAAGAUCAGAAUCCCUAAAUGGAAAGUUGCUUUAAAAGUGCAAAGUGCACAUUGCUAAAUGUUUGUAUGCAACUUGACAUGUAAAGACUUGCAGAGAGUGCUUUGCUUUGCAUAUGUAUUGCAAUAUUUAAACAGAGCACAGUGAGUUAGGGCAGGAACAUCAGCUUCCUGACAUUUUGUGUUAGAAUCAUUGAAUGGUUUGGGUUGGAAGAGAUCUUAAAGAUCAUCUAGUUCCAACCCCCCUGCCAUGAGCAGGGACAUCUUGCACUAGACCAGGUUGCUCAGAGCCCCAUCCAACCUGACCUUGAACACCUCCAGGGAUGGGGUAUCUACAGCUGCUCUGGGCAACCUGUUCCAGUGCCUCACCACCCUCACAGUAAAUAAUUUCUUCCUAAUAUCUGAUCUAAACCUGCCCUCUUUCAGUUUAAAACCAUUACCCCUUGUCCUAUCACUACAUGCCCUUGUAAAUCUGAACCAAAUCUUUAAAGGAAUCUGCCAAAACAUGUGUGAGACUGCGGCUAGUGACUUAUGCUGCUGAAAGGAAGAGGUGCCACUUUUCCCAUCACUUCUGUUGCUCUCCCGGUCCCUGGCCGUGAAGUCUCACCUGAUACCUUCUGCCACCUUCACCAGAUGUUUCUGUGAGCCCAUUUAACUCUCUACACUCAUGGAAAACUGUCCAGUGAUUUAUUGGAUUUUUCUAAUGCCAUUUUAGAGAGUUAAAUCAGUAUGUGGAGAGAAGUAUAAAGAGGCAGCAGUAGGUGGGCAGGGCCAGGGAGGGAAAGGGAGCAGGAUAUACUCCAGUCUGUGUAGAGUGAGCUGCUAAUUCAGCUGCCCUCAUGUCAUAAGAACCUGAACCUCACUUCCUGGUGCUCUCAGGUCUGUGUUUGCCGAUCUGCGGGGGAAGGUGAAAUCCAGUGGUUUGAUUUUCCAGAGUGAAUGGCUCAGUGGCUCCCAUGGUGCUUUUCCUCUUGGAGGUCAGUUAGCUCUUUCGAUGACUGGAAUAGACCUUCUUAGAUUCGUCUUUUGGAGAAUGUGCCAAACACUGGAUGAGGUCGGCGGGGUUCAUGUCCCGUGUGCAGGUGGGCAUGCAGCCAUGUCCACAAGAGCAUCUGCAGCUCUGGGAAGCAGUCACUGGUCUAUAGCCAGCAAGAGGGGCCAGGGAGAGGGAAAGGGAAAAGAGGGGACCUUACAAAACCAAGAAUUACAAUUCUGCUUGGGUUUUAGUUAAUGCCAUUUGGGGGCACGUGGUUUGAGGUUUUAGUUAGAAAGGGAGUAACUAACCAUUUUCGGAGUGCACUGAGUCAGGCCAAGCUUUUAAGCUGUUUCACAUUCUGUUAUCGUCACUUUUUGGGGUGGCUGAAAGAGGCUGUGCUAAAGCUCACUCUGAGUGUGAUUCGAGGCCCCUUCUGUUUACAGAUUGCUAAUUAAACAAGUAACAAUGGAAGGCUUAGCUCCAGAAGGGAUGUGGAUAGGUAGGAGCGUUUCUCUUUGCAGUAUGUUACCCGGGCAUAGUCGUCUUGCCUGGAAAGAAUGUGCCUCAGGGCCAGUCUCGAGAAUAGCCGCUGGUCUCCGUGUCCACUGCCCAGGGACCCAGGGGAAGCAGACCCAGCUUAGAGACUUGUUCUAUUACACUCGAUGUGUCUGUUCUUGGCCAGCACUCCUAGGACAGCAGGCAGAGCCUCCCGCGUGUAGCUGUGUCGGGCAGAGUUGUGUUGUUUCCUUAGUGAAUGAAAUCACCCUUUUGUCAUGUCCCAGGUGCAAGUUAAUGGUUCUUUAUUCUUUUUUUUCUCCCUUCCCAAUUCAGAUGGUGCUGAAACAAGGUUCACUCCUUGUUGCUCCUUUUGUAGGUUUUUUCUGUUAUUAUUUUUCAUUAACAGCAGGCUAUGUUAGCCUUUACUUUACAGGUACUUGAAUGCCUGAUGACUUGACUGAGUGUUACGCAUGUGGCCUUUUGUAAAGGUUGCUGACCUUAAUUUAAUCAGGGGUGAGAUGGGUGGAUGAAUGUGAAUAGAUCCAUGCCAUUAAAAAAGAAUAAAAGUAGAGAUUAGAAUUUGGGAGAACUGAUUAAUUUUUAAUCGAAUUUAUUAAAGGGGAAAAAAAGAGAGAGAAAGAAACCCUUCCCAGUUAUAAUUUGAAUAAGAUCUACUGCAGGAGGAAGGUUUCAUGUGAAAAAUGCCACAAAAAUAGGGGCAAACUUCCAAGAUAGAAAGUGCCUGGCACUCCUUGCAGUCCCUUGGACCUGCACAAGAUUUUACUUGCCCUCUUUCUAUUUUGUGAGAACCCCUAAUUAUUACCAUACCUUUUUCUAGAUGUGAAUGUUUAAGCUUUGUAAUAAUUUCAUAGUGAACACACUGGUGUGCUAAUGCAUGGCUAUCAAGAGCUUUGAUCUUUUCCAUUGGAAAACAAUGGAUUUGAUCAAUUUCAGAUUGCAGUUUCUCUUUUAGAGCCAAUUUUGACAAAGAAAUUAAUCUCUCACCGGUGGGCGCCUUUUAAAAUAGCUCAUUUACCAAAAGAUGUUAUUUGGAGAAUGGAAGUCAUCAUUUGACACUGAAGCGAUGAAAGAAACAGCUAGAUGUAGUUUUUUUAAAAAUCUUUACAUGCCCAAUGUAAAAUGCUGUGUCCUCCUCUUUCAGACUCCCCCCUUACUAAAAGACUACUCAGUGUUUGUCAUAACGUCUAUAUCAAUUGACAACGAUUUGUUAAUUCCUCCAGUUAAACAUCCUCUUACAGCAAAGGAUGGAUUGGUGGUCUGCUCCUUUUUUUUUUUUUUUUCCAGGCAGCUCUGAUGUCUGUCCUGGAAAUGUGGCCUUCAGGGGCAUCAGCCUGACAGAGCCAUUUCCCUGGGCGUUAGCAGGACUUCACGGGAUGGACCUGUGGUCUUCCAAGAAGGGACCUGCCCUGUGCAGGGUCUUAGCUGGUGUCUGCUGGAAGUAAAACUGCAUCUUCCAAAAUUUUGUACGUCUCACCCUUGUUUAAAACUAAGUCGAGCUGGCCUUUAUACCACUAUUUUAACCGUCUUCACACACAUUUUUUAGGUUGGAGUUAAAUUAGGGGGAGUUAAAUUAGGCAGGGGUUAAAUUAGGGACGGGGGGGUUAUGGGACUCAUCAGAUGCUUUGAGAUGCUCCCUCCCACUCUUUCAUGAUGUUUUUAGUGACUAUUUCACAGUGGAUUAGCAAUGAUCCAAUGGGCCUUGCGACCUUGUACAUAAUUCUGUAUAUUUAUUUUGAGAGAAAAUAUGUAUAGUGUUUGGAUUAUGAGAAUGGAAACCUGAAAUGGGAAUUCUUAGGAUGGCAAAUGUAAAGCAAAAAAGCAAACAAAAAUACAAUCUUAUUUUGUAUAAAAUGUACAUUUUUGAGAAAAAUUUUCUAAUGCAUUACCAAUGUUUUCAUAGUGCUGCCACAUCUUUUUUAAAGUGUUUCUCCCUCUUUGUUUGACUAUUGACAACAUGGUGCAAUUAAACCUAAAGCAAAUGUGUGAGUGAGAGAAAAAGAGAGAAUGAGAAAUUAAAAAGCCAUAUAAUUUGGUUUACUUCAUUAACCUGUAUAACAUCAUAGGUUUACCAUCUAAGAUAGGUUGUUUUUAUAGAUAGUGUCACCAAAGACUUUUUUUCUUCAGAUUUAUUUUGAAAAGUUGUUAAUAAAGGACGUACAUUUCUGUUGCA